CCACAAGAUAUAACGCUAACAUAACGUUCAUGUAAACAACGCUGAGCUGAGUAAUGUUAAUGUGUCCGGUUCUGUAAUCGCGCAUCAAAAUAGUCCUAAUGAAACGUUAUAACAUGUUUUGGUGCUAAAUAACGCAGAGGACGUGCUGGCUUGAAGGCAUGGCAGAGCCGCCUGUGGUGAUGAUCCUGAUCCUCCAGCACCUGAUGAGAGGCAGCUAGUGACGGUGCAAAAAGCAAUGCAAUGUUGUGCUGUGGUGCACGAUGAAGAAGAUAUUCAGCUUUACUAAGAGAAAGAAACACCCGUCGUCCAGUACUCCUGACAACGGGAGUGUGCUUUCUGUCGGAUAUGAACUGAAGGAGAAGGACCUCGGGAAGGUACACAAGGCUGCCUCGGUGGGGGAUCUGGCAAAGCUGAAGCAGCUGGCUAAAAAGAAUGAUAUCAAUCAACUUGACAAGGAGAACAGAACUGCACUUCAUAUUGCCUGCGCCAGUGGACAUGUCGAGGUGGUGCAGUUCCUCGUCGAGAGCAAAGCCAAGCUUAACCUAUGCGACAAUCAAAACAGAUCCGCCUUAAUGAAGGCAGUGCAGGGCCAACACGAACGCUGUCUGACCACACUGCUGGAGAACCAUGCCGAGCCUAACCUAGUGGACAUCAAUGGCAAUACAGCCCUGCAUUUAACAGCAAACAUCCCGUCCAUUCCCACUGCUGCUCUGCUGCUGGAGCAUGAGGCUGACAUCAAUGCACAAAAUAAGGAGGGAUUCACACCCCUGACCGUGUCAGUCCGUGAGGACCAUAUCGAGAUGGCUGAGUUUCUCCUCAAGGAAGGCGCUGGUGUGAAUUUUAUGGACCAAGCCCAAAGGUCCCCACUAAUGAUCGCUGCUGGCAAUGGACAAAUCAAUAUGUUGCGGCUGCUCUUGCGGUACAACGCAGAUAUCACACUAAAGGAUACCAAAGGAUGGUCAGCUGAUGACUACGCGGUGAUGAAUGGGCAUCAUCCUUGUUCCCUCCUGAUCAUUGAGCAUAGUACCCAGAGGAAUGACGGGCCCUCACAUCAAGGUCCGAGCAAAAAGAAGCAGAAAACACUGCUGGGCAGUCCUUCUCAAGACAUUGAAGCAGGCUUCUCUUUGGGAGGACCAGCCACUGACAAAGAUGAGCAUGGAGCAAAUGAAGCAGGGGGAGAUUUUGAAGACAAUUCUCAGUCGGAGUCACUAAGUCGAGUUUCAAAAAGUGCUGCAGAUGAAUGGGCUUCAUCAGAAGAUGACGAUGGAUCGGUUUUAAUCGAAAAGAAACCACAGAAGCUCAACCUAAGGAAAAUGAUUGCAUCUAAAAGAGGAGAAGCCGACGAGCAGAAAAGCAAAGCAGACUCAGAGCAGCCUUCAAGUAGUAAAGCAAGAACAGACUCUCAAGAGGAAAGCCCAGAAGCUGAGGAGUCUGAGGAGGAGGAAGAAGAAGAGGAGGAGGAAGAUGAUGAAGAAGAAGAUGAUGAUGAAGAUGAGGAGGAUGACGAAGAAGAAGAAGAGGAGGAGGAGGAGGACAACGAUGAUGAUGAAGAUGAUGAUGAAGAAAGUGAAGAGGACGAUGGGGAAGAGGAUGAAGAAGAGAAUGAAUGUGAGGAGGAGGACAGUGACAAAUGUGUGGCUUCUGUCGAGGCCAACACGGCUGAAUUUGAAGAUAUACAAAAACCCUGUGUUACUGGCGCCCUUAAGAUUAUUGACAGUGCCGAUGCUCAAAACAUACCUGGUGCUGACAUUUCUUACAGCGGUGAAACUAGCCCCGGUAUUGUAGGUGAGAGUGUAGAGGCAGCAGAGAAAGAUGCCAAAACAGAGACUCAAAAAAACGACUGCCCAGCUGGAACAGCAAGCUAUGCAAUGCCAGCAACUUUAGACGUAGAGGAGGAUUGCGUCGUGUCAGCCAUCAGGGUAGAAUCCAAAUUUUCUGAUGAAGAUGACAGCCUCGGGAAGGAAUGCACAUCGUCACCCAGACAUCACACGGGAACUUGUUCACCUUCUGCAGUUAAAGAGGAAGAGUUUGAGCGAGAAGUGGGAAAGGAUGACGACGAUGACUCCUGGAGCAAUAAACAAAACAGCGGCGACGCAGCAAGCAAUGACGGUGCUGAUGAAGAGGACAAUCAAACGGGAGGAUUUGGUCGCGACACGGUACUGGCUAAUAGAAAAAAUUUGGCGCCUGAGGACGGAGUUGAAAACGCAGACGGUUCCUCUGAUGCCGCAUCAAACAAAGAAGCGCUCAAAGAGGGGAAACGCAGAUCCUCGUGGGGCUCCUCAUUAGAGGACAGCGACGCUGACCUACCCAAAGAAGAUGAGGUAAACAAGGAGACGCUUGAUCAGAAAAGUGAUGUCCAAGCAUCAGAUUUACAGCCAGAAGCAGCAACACUGCAUUCAAAAUGCACAUUACCGCAACCAAAUGAAGACCACCGGGAUACCUCAUGGGAUUCUUCAUCACCAGUGGUACCAUCUCCAAAAUGUGUCUCACGUCAGCCAGUGAUGGAUGAACCAGUGACCUCUUCGAGGUUAUGUUCAACUCCUCAGUCCAAAAACAGACCAGCAAAAGCAGCAGUAGAUGAAUCAGAGUGGGAUUCUUCUUCUGAAAAUAAUGAUCAAAAUGAUAAUGGCUCCUUCACUAAAGGUGACGUGCAGUCACCAGUUUCUAAAACAAAUAUUGGAACAGCAAACCAGACUGGAGAGCAGCAGUCUUGGCAAGAAGAAGAUAAAGAAAGUGUUGAUAAAGAAUCCAAUGACCCCUCUCCUGCAGUGUCACCAGUACCUGAGGAAAUACUAGAUAACGAUGGAGGAAAAUUAGACUCAGAGAAUGAUCAAGGCGACGAUAGUAGUUGGGAUGAUGAAGAUAAAAGUGAGUCAGAAAAACAGAAGACAAUGGUGAGAAAAGAUGAUGAGGUUGCAGCCUGCGUUAACAUCUUGAAGACACGUCUUUCUACGCCGAGCAGGUCGAGACCCACGAGUGCAACGGACAAGAAGUUGGAGGGAGAUGAAGACGAUGAAGAGGCUCCUCAAGCUGUUAUUGAUGGGAAGGAUGAGUCCCCAGAGGAUAACAGUCUGGCGGGUGUUCAGAAAGACAAUCCCAGCAAAGACGAUGAGACAAGCGAGGACUCUGACAGCAAGGACCAAAAGCUGCAGUACGAUUUCACCAGCGCCACAGUCAAAGUGUCUGACGAUGACGAUGGACACGAGGCUAGAUUAACUGCAUACGUUCCACUAGAAAAUAGUAGUGCCGUUGUUCCUGACCUCAAUGAAGAACCGACGAGGGAAAAUAUUCUUUCAAGCCCUCCCGCUGCUGGUCAGCGCCAUGAUUCAGAUGGGAACACGUUGUCUGAUGAAGCGUUACCUCAGACUGACAUUGACGACGUUGAUCUAGACUCACCUGAUGAGGCAGAGAGCAUAGGCGCGGGAAGCCGAGAGCUAAGAAACAUUGAAGAGUCUGUCAUGCAGAAAAAAGAUUCCACUGGGGAUGAGGAUGAUAAUGACCAAGAGGAGGAGAGAGAUGAUGAUGAGGAGGAAGAUGUCUCAGAUGAAAAUGAUCCACCUGAUCGUAAAGAGAGUGGAGAGUUCCUUUACGCCAGCUCACCUGUUCCUGAGGCAGAAGUCUCUAAAGAUAAGAAAAGAGACUUCCUGUCCGAGCUGGGACUAGAGAAGGGAGAGGAAGAGCAGGACUCCUGGGACUCUGAGUCCCACUCUGAUAACCCCAAUAUUCCACAUGAAGGGAAACAAAGCUCGCAUACUCAGGAUCGAGAAGAGAUAACCACUGUUGAAGAAGAGGUCAAAGAAAACUUGUUUUAUAUUCCCUCUUUUUUAAGAGGGCAAGGAGGCGCUAGGAUGGCAGUCCUAGAGCCUCGGAGGAGUGUAGGCAGGCCCAGAGGCAGCCAGGGAGAGGUUGGAAACGACGGUAACGGUAAAAACAGAGCCGAACGUGUAGAUAAAGAUGACAGUAAACAGAAAGAGACUGAGAAAAUCAAAUGGGAACCACUUCGUGUUUUGAGAAAACUUGAAGGAGAUAUCGAACGAAAGACAGAUGUAAUGGAAGAGCUCGGUCUGGGUGAUGUUGAUGAUCUUGAAGACGCAUCAGACUGGGACUCGGCCAGUACUACCAGUAAGAGAACCCUGCCUGGCCGCAGAAUGCCCUCCCCUGGACUUGAGGAGUUCCCAGAAUGCUCAUAUCCAUCUGUUAAAGAGCAGGAGGAAGACAUUGCUCCAGCAGCGCCCCUGACACCUCAGAGGAGCGUCAACUCCAACAAGACUCUGCCCAGCACACCUCCUCAACCCCAAACCCAACCGAAGCCUCAACCCCAACCGCAGCCUCGAUCAAGGAAGAUGGUGCUUCAGAAACCAGAGAGUGAAGAAGAUUCAGAUUGGGAACCAGACAACGUGGCGUCCUCUUGCAAUACAGCCAAAAUAGACAAUCAGCUGCGAAGCAUAGCUGAGCCCCAGGCAGCAGUCACACCAGGUUCCCCUGAGCUCUCACCGAUGACAGGAGACAGAAAAAGUAACGUAGAGUCUGACAAGCAGCAACAAAAGGAGAUAGAUGAUGAUGAUGAUGCAGUAGAUACAUGUGAGUUAGAUCUAAAUAACCCAUGUCCAUCUGGAGAGAAGGACAAUGACUUUAAAGAUCAACGCGGUCCUGAAGAAAGAGGCGAAGCGGGCGACGGAGUCCCGUGGGAGAAUCGCUACGAGAAGCUCUGGGUGGAGGUGGAGAAAAGGGAGGUCAAAUCCACCUUCAAGAAUGUUGCCGGUGAAUUAAAAGAGAAGUUUGGAGAACUGCAGAAAUCAAGGCGUUCUGCAGAAGAAGAAGAAGAAGAACAGGCCAUGGCUGAAUCUGCAGAAGAAGAGUCAAGUGAUGAAGAAGAAGAAGGGGAAGUCAUUGUGCGCCCCGCGGCGAGAGCGAGGAGCACCGUCCUUCUCACCAUCCCCGAGCAGAGGGAGUCUGGACCGGACGACUCGGCGACAGAGUCAAGUGACAACUCCUUAUGCGAGGGUGGGAUGCAGGUCUACGAGCCCGCAGCUAGCGAGAGCAACAUGUGUCGAGAGCCGUAUCUACUCGCUGAUGAUUUUCUGGAGGAGCGCAGGUCUUCUUCUCCUCGACUCGCCACAGCACAAAGACACAGCUGCAUAGAUCCCGUUGCCACAUCUUUUACUGAUGACACCAUACGCAUGUCUGUUGUUGACCGGAGCACAUUCUCAAAGGAUGACUCCAAACUUGGGCCGUUCCAGAAAACACAUCUGGACCUUAUCUGCAAGGACAACGCUGCUAAUCUAGAUGGAGCUGAGAAAAACAAUGCGAGUUCAGAAGAGGAUCCCGAGGAAUUCGCCAAGUCUCGCCCCCCCUCACUGAGCAGACGUUCAGCAUCUGUCCCAGGUGUUUCUGAUGAAGAGCUGGAAGAGGACAUGGAAAGAUUUAAACUUGAGGUAGGGAUGCUGAAGGUUGUCUUCCUGGAUUUGGAGAAAGAAAAGGCCCAACUCCAGAAAGAGGUUGGCAAAGAGACGACACAGACGGCAACGGAGGUGCAACAACCAUCCACUUCUUCCUGGCAUACCGGUGGAACGGCACUGGAAGAAAUGCGUACUGAGAAACCUGAGACCAGGUUAGGAUCCCUGUCAAGUCAAGCUGGAGCAAUUCACCAGGAACAGCAGCAGCCUGUGGCCACCAAGAGCACCAACGGGGCAGCAGUGCAGACCUACAAUAGCUACAGACAGGAGGGACACGCUGUAGAGGAGCCCUCACAGCCGGAGCUGGUCAGAGGGGCCCGGCGCUGCAGAGCCCCUCAGACCAACACCCAUGUCAAUGGAGAUCCUCUCUCUGUGUUUGAUGAUAGCACUUUAAGUGAAGUGUCCGACGAUGAAGGAAGUGGACAACAGAAAAACGAGAACCCUGAAGAAGAGGAGAUGGCAGAAGACUUUGAUGAAGUCACUCAGUCGUCCGACACGGCCACAGACGACAUCGACUCUCCCACUUCAGGCUAUCGUCACGCAUCCCUCCUCGUCCAGAAGCUGGAUUCAGCCACUUUGGACUCGAGAAGCAUGGUGAAGCUGCAGAACAUUUUCCACGAAUAUGAGCGCUCUAUCCAAAAGGCGAGGAGUCGCCACGGCUACCUGGCGGACAAGGUGAGCAAGCUGGAAACAGAGAGGGCGGAGUUGAAGAGCUCUCUGGAGGAAGUUAAAGAUUUUAAAUCUGCCUUGGAGCGCAACCAGCUGGAGCUGCAGACCGAAGUCACAAACCUCAAAUUUCAGCUGAAACAGGAGCAGGAAUAUCGCCACGACGCCACCAUGAUGUAUAACUCAACCAGAGAUAAGCUGAGGAGGACGGAGGAGCAGCAUCAGUUGGAGGUUCAGAAGAGGCAGAAGGUGGAGCUCACCCUCAGGAAUCUGGAGCUGGAGAUGAGAACUCUGGUCAACAGCAUGAAACAGCUUGAAGAAGACCACAGUGAGACCCAGAGGCUGCUGGUUCAGGAGCGCAGCGCUCGGACGCUGCAGGAGAAUCUGCUCAACGGCCAUCUUCGAAAGCAGCAAGAGAUAGAGGACGAGAACAAAAGAAACAUGAGCAGAAGCAACGAGGCCUUGUCUCAGCUCACUGAGGCCAGUGACAGGGAGAGGGAGUUGCUCCAGCAGAAUGCUGCCUUGCAGGAGCAGCUGAUCAUCCUGAGAACAGACCUGGAGCGCUCCAACGCCAACAGCAGCCUCAAAGAGAGCCACAUUUUGGAAGAGAACGAGGCCCUCAAGGAACAGCUAGAAGAUGCUCGGCGAGAUCUCAAACUCAACAGCGAAGCCCUGACCCAGACUGUCUUCACCUGCAAUAACCAGGUGACCACCCUGAAGUCCGAGUUAGCUAUAACGACGAGCCGUCUGGAAAAUGAGCGGCAGACUCGCGAAACGCUGGACGCAGAGGUCGAGUCCACUCGUGUCCGCCUGGCCGGAGCCGUGAAGGAGGCCGAGCUUUGCCUGACGGCUCACAACGACACAGAGAGGGCUCUGCUCCGUGAGAAAGAGGAACACCAGCGGCUCAAAGACAGACUCACAGGUGAUGCAGCCGGUCAACGUGAGGCGGUCGGCAGCCUGUCCCAGAAGCUGGCCAAGGCAGAGACUCGCGCGAACAGCAUGGAGAAUGAAGUUCAUCGGGCCACGCUGCAGCUGACGGAGAAAGGCCUGCUGCUGGACGUCCUGCAAAGGGAGAAGGACCAGGCGGCCGUUCGCGUCAAGGAGCUAGAAGCGUCUCUGCAGGCCGAGAGGGAGCUGAGCAGCCGCGCCGGAGCACGCCAAGAGGCCACGCAGGAGCGGCUAGCCCAGACCCAGAGUGAGGGCAUGCUGCUCCGGCAACAGCUUGAGGAGGCCCAAAACAAAGGCGUCGCGAAGGAACACGCUGUGACAGAAGCCCAAGAGCGCUUCAGUGACCUUCUGUCCAAGCUGCGCUCUGACAGCGAAGAGAGAGUACAGCUAGUGGAGGAAAGAAAUAAGGAGCUCGCCGGUAAGGCCGCUGAUCUCCGAGAUCAGAUCUACAAGUUAGAGGAAGACAAGACCGACAGAGAGACUAGUCUGAGGCAGCUGCAGCAGGAGCUGGCUGACUCCCUCAAGAGGCUGUCGAUGAGCGAGGCUUCUCUGGAGGUCAACACGCGCUAUCGCAAUGACCUGGAGGAGGAGAAGGCUCGGCUCUUUAGAGACUUGGACAGGCUCAGAGGAAAGCUGGAGGAAAGCGAAGACCAGCAUGUGCAGGCUGAGAGACGGAUCAACGGUCUGAAGAGCAGUCUCGAUGAAAGGGAAAAGCAACUCACCACCGCGGCUCAGAAACACCAGGAGGCGCUGUCCGCCGCGGCAGCUUCUGAUACCACCAUCAAACAGCUGGAGGAAGCUGUGCAAAGGCUGGAGAUCGAGAACGCCAGGCUGGAAGCUGCUGCAAAGCAACAGUCCAACAAAAUUGAUGCGCUUCAGAAAGGGGUUCAGGAAUCUGCCAUGCUAUCUGACUGCUCGCCUUCAGGAGGAGGGGUCAGAGGUCAUUUGGAGGACUUGGUUACAAACCUCCAAAGCAGUAAGAUGACUUUGGAAGACCAACUCAAUCGAGAGGUCCAGAAGCAAAGCAUGCUGUCUCACACAGCCCAGGACUCCCAGGCCAUGUGGGAGGAGGAGCUGAAGAGCCGCUCUAAGUUGGGACUGCGCCUGGCGGAGCUUGAAAAGGAGAAAGGAGACUUGAGCACCCAGAUGGAAAUAGAAAAGAAGAAAGCCAAGAAGAUAGCGGAGCAGAAGAAGGCUGUAGACACGCGGCUGGAUCAAGAGAUGAAGAGAAACACAGAUCUCCAGAAAGAAAUGUACAGGUUGCGUACUUUAUUGAAGACUGCAAAGAAGAAGUUGCGGGAUCAGGACACAGGCGGAGCUGAGUUUGGCUCUCCUAUGACCAGUCUACGGAUGGACCAAGGCAGACACAACCUGGCCGACAGUUCCUUUGGACGAAUGAAAGAAAAGGUGGACGAUCUGCAGGUGCAGCUGGAGAAGGAAGGGUCCCGUCGCAGCCAGCUAGAGAAGGUGAACGGCGACCUCAAGGAUCAGCUGUCCUCCCUGAAGAGCUUGAGCCGCAGCAACGACCAACUGGAGAGGGGCAAGAGGCAGCUGGAGGAGGAGGUGCUGGACCUGAGACGCCGAAUGGAGGCCUCUCAGAUUGAGCAGAGCCAGGUGGAGCAGUACCGCCACGACGCAGAGGACAGGGCCCGUCAGGAGCUCAAACAGAAACUGGAGCAGGUCAACAUCUUCCUGCAGUCCCAGGCAUCAUCCCAAGAAGCACUGGAUCAGAUUAAAGCGACCAACGAGGCCAACCUGCGCUCCCAGCUGGAGCAGAAGAUCCGAGAGCUGGAGGGGGAACUGGGCCGGGCCCGCACCACCCAUCACGACAGCCUCAACCAAAGAGACUCCACGCGCACGGAGCUAGAGCGAUACCGCCAACUUCACUCCGAGGAGCUACGCCUCCGCAAGUCCCUGGCUGCCAAACUAGACAGAGCCAACGGUCGGCUCGCAGACGCCAAUUCCAAGUUGCUCAACGAGCGCAGCAGGUCUCUGAUCACCAGCAGCAUCGCAAACGGUAGCCUCGGAGGGCCCUCGCUGGACGUGGGCUCUUUGGGUCAAACGGCACACUACGGGGCCUCGCUGGGGCCCCUCAACAGGAGCCUCAACCUGGGACUGUCCCUCCGAGGCCCUGUCACUGACGGGCAGAACAGCCGGGUGGAGGACUACCUCGCCAAGAUGCAGAGUGAGUUGGAUAGAAACAUAUCAAAGGAAUUAAACAAUGCCACAGCAGAGCUGGAUGUUGCUUCAGCCCGGAUGUCACCGGUGGGCUCUGCCUCCAGGGCGGAGCUGGACCCCGUCAGCAGGGCGACGCAGCAGUACUUGGAGCAGUCUACGUUGGCCACGCCUCCUCGGCUCAAAGAACGAGCGAGCGAGAGAGAGAAAGCAGCGAUGGUCGAGCGAGCUAGAGUGAAUGAAGAGAGGGAGCAGUGUUAGUGAGAGCAAAGCAGCGAAUCAGAGGAAUAAAACAUUUUCAGAUUGCGGCGGCGGUUAUGUUCUAGUGCGCAAAUAAACACAACCACAAUUCCACACGACCUUGCGGGACGGUACUGAGUUGCCAGAUUUUAUAAUGAAUGCGGCCAAAGGUGCAGGCUUCAUCCUGUCCGCUGUCACUCGGCGCUGCUCUCGGUUAAACUGACACAGAGGAGCAGUGGGAACACCGUCUGGAUCACAUACCACAUAGCUGUCACUACAUGACUUUAGCCCUGAUUUUCCACUCCCUAACAGUUUUUAAAGCUCCCCGACAAAAAGCCCUAGAUCAGAGGCAAAUCAGCGCUCGGACAUCACGUAUGAUCUGCUCAAAGACUUGAGCCGAGAGGCUCGCCAACACGAGUCGAUGCCUCGCAGAAGCCUCACAGACACAUUCCAGAUAUCUGGCAUGCUAAAUAUCUGGACCUGUUGGGGACUCCAGCCACGAGCUACAGCCAAUGAGAGCGCGAGACACGGGUUGAGGGGAAACCUGGGAGAGGAGGGGUCGCCUGCAACAACAGGAACUUAACUGUAUGUGUUUCAUUUGCAACACGGAGCAGUUGCUGUUGCACCUGGCUGAAUAAAUAGUAAAAAAGACUGUGGAAACUAGCGGAGGCUAUUUUGUAAACACGUGCCAACAACAUCAGCGAUUUGUCUUGCGUUUGGUAUCAAGUCAUUUCCCGUGUAUUUCUCGCGUGUGCUUUUCGUGACAAAGCGUAGUUUGGAGGAUUCCUCCCGGUGAGAGAUCUUGUAGUGUGUGACCUCCUGUCGCCGGUCGGUCAUGUAGUGUAAAAACAACAACAAACCACACUUGUGUAGUGUGACCAGUACUGCCAUCUGAACACUUUGAAUGUCGUUUAGUGUGAACUUAGCUUAAGAAUACACAACCCGUGAAAUUACGGCUGCUUUGUAUCUGACAGAGCUAAGCGGGUACUCGUGCCUCUGUAUCAGACGCCGAGGGGCGUGACAAAGCGACGGUAUUUGACGACCUAAACUGGCUGCACACCCUGCGCGCUGUUAUCGGCUGCCGGUCACACCCCCACGAGGGGCACAAAGCCACUUUGCUAACCCCCAGAAACGUCCCGAACACGGCGAAAUCCAGAAAGAAAACUAUCCAGGCAGAGGGCUGCAGGGUCUCUGCAGACACAGACACUGCCACACACUUCUAGUGGGUCAUAAGUGAGGAUUGAGAGGGACUGUUUUAGUCUAGAUACAUUAUUUUUUAGGAAAUUGUUGCAUAUUAUACCUUUAAAUACUGACUGCACCAACAAUAAGGCCAAAGCCACCGUCCAGACAUAUAACACCAACUUUGUACGUAUUUACUCUGUUAUGAAAGAAAGCAAACAUAAUGCACGUUGCACUUAACCACUCAGGAGCAAAGGGCAUGAGUCAUAUAUAUAUAUAAAUAUAUAUAUAUUGCGUCAUUGAUGGGUACAAUUAGAGAGAACCUCGAAAGUAUUUGUUCCUUCUGACCAGUUCUGUUCAAUAUUUAACUGUUUUGUUUCUAUUAGCACACUAGAUAUAUAUAUACAGAAAUAUACAGGUUUGGAUUUUUAUUUGUGAAUAUUGGUGUUGCUAAAUUUCUCUAAGUAUUUGAUGUAUGCAUCAUUAAUAAUUUUGCCAAGAUAUUACAUUUGGUACGUGCCAUCAAAUGGUGCAAUAUCUGUCUUGGUCUUACUUUGUUAGGCUCGUUGGAGUAUUGUGUUUAUGAUUAUUUUAUUUAUUCAUUAAUAUUUGUUUUUUUAUGAACAUGAUAUACUUGAAUAAGACGAGCUGGAAUCCUCUCUGGCUAUUGAAACAGGGUGACUACAUUUGUAUAAAGCUUUUGGUCAGCUUGAUUUUAGGGGCCGCCAAAAGUGACACACGUUUUGUUUGUUUGUUAGUUUUGUUUCAUUAUUCAUAAAUACUGUAACAGAACACAUAUAGGAAAACAUUUAUGACGCCUGUACAUUACAGAAGACUCUAAAGUUGUAAAUAAAAAUAAAAGUAAAAAAAAAAAAA